GCGUUUGGGAGUCAAAACAAAAGUCUUCUGGAAAGUCGUCCUGAUCCUUACCAGCAAGCUAACCAGCUAAAACACGGAGCAGCCGAUAGCGCUCGCAGAGUUCUUUCAAAGUGUUAUUUGAAGCUCCUCUAACAUUUACAAGUCAUUUAAUUCGAUGCGUUUCAUCAUGAAGGUCUCCCAAAAGUUCUUGUUUUGGGCCGUUUUCGUGGCAUAGCUGGGAAGCUAACGCUGGUUAGCAGUAGAGGUUAGCUUAGCAGUGGUCCACCAACACAAAAACUCAACUUCUUUUGAGUCUUGUUGGACGGCAGAAGUUUGUGGCUUUCCUCUCUGGUUUCUUUGACAGAAACGCCCCACAAUGUCUAUCCUGGGAUUAAAGAAGAAACAGCCAAAGACUUUCAAAGUCAAAGUUAUCACUAUGGAUGCUGAAAUGGAGUUCAGCUGUGAGGUAAAGUGGAAAGGUAAAGACCUGUUUGACCUGGUGUGUCGCACUGUUGGUUUGAGGGAGACCUGGUUCUUUGGACUCAGGUACACAGUAAAAGACACCUACGCCUGGCUGAAGCAAGAGAAACGGGUCUUGGACCAGGAGGUUCCCAAGGACUCUCCUAUAACAUUUCAUUUCCUGGCUAAAUUCUUCCCAGAAAAAGUAGAAGAGGAACUGGUCCAAGAAAUUACUCAGCACCUCUUCUUCUUACAGGUGAAAAAACAGAUAUUAGAUGAAGAAAUAUUCUGUUCCCCUGAAGCCUCUGUUCUGUUGGCAUCAUAUGCUGUCCAAGCCAAGUAUGGAGAUUAUGAUCCAAACUUUCACAAGCCGGGCUUCCUGGCUCAGGAUGAGCUUUUGCCAAAAAGAGUCCUGAUGCAGUACCAAAUGACAGCUGACAUGUGGGAGGAGAAGAUCACAGCCUGGUACGCUGAGCACAGAGGCAUCGCCAGGGAUGAAGCGGAGAUGGAAUACCUAAAGAUUGCUCAGGACCUUGAGAUGUACGGUGUCAGCUACUUCGCCAUUACUCAAAAUAAAAGGGACACAGACUUGUUACUUGGAGUGGAUGCACAGGGUCUUCACAUCUACAGCCCCAACAGCAAGCUCAGCCCCAACAAAUCUUUUCCUUGGAGCGGCAUCCGUAACAUCUCUUACAGUGAAAAGGAGUUCACAAUCAAACCCCUGGACAAGAAGAAAGAUGUUUUCAAGUUCUACUCAUCUCAACUGCGUGUCAAUAAGCUGAUCCUGCAGUUGUGCAUCGGGAACCACGACCUAUUCAUGAGGAGGAGGAAAGUGGACUCAAUUGAAGUGCAACAGAUGAAGGCUCAAGCCAAAGAGGAGAAGGCCCGCAAGAAGAUGGAGCGUCAGAUCCUGGCACGGGAAAAACAAAUGAGGGAGGAAGCGGAACGAGCAAAGGAGGAGAUGGAACGAAGACUCUUCCAGCUGCAGGAUGAAGCACGACUGGCCAACGAGGCGCUGCUGAGAUCUGAGGAGACAGCGGACCUGCUAGCAGAGAAGGCCCAGAUUGCUGAGGAGGAAGCCAAGCUGUUGGCCCACAAGGCUGCAGAAGCUGAGCAGGAGAGGCAGAGGUUAGAGGUCACAGCCAUGAAGACUAAGGAGGAGAAAAGGCUGAUGGAGCAGAAGAUGAGGGAGGCGGAACAGCUGGCUGUAAAACUGGUGGAGCAGUCUGAGCGGAGGUUGAAGGAAGCAGAUCACCUGAAACAGGACCUGACUGAGGCAAAGGAUGCUGAACGGAGGGCCAAGGCGAAGCUGCUGGAGAUCACCAAAACAACAUACCCUCUCAUAGCAGCCUAUUCUACUCCUCCUGCUCCUCCUGAGGCAACCGACUUGGGUUACGAAUCAGCGUCGACGCGUCUCGACUUCAAGGACUCUGACAUGAAAAGGCUGUCUAUGGAGAUUGAGAGAGAGAGGCUGGAGUACAUGGAGAAGAGUAAACACCUGCAGGACCAGCUGAAGGAGCUGAAGUCAGAGAUCGAAUCUCUGAAGCUGGAGGAGCAGCAGCAACAGGCCGGCCUCUACGGCCUCCAAAAUGAGGCGAGAGGAUACGUCCAGGAGCCCGUCUACAUACCUCACAGCAACCGAAACUCUGCGUACAUGUCUCAGAUGGCCUUCUUUGAAGAAGUGUGAUCCUGCUCCUGCAGGAUGAGGAAGGAGAGCAUCGGCUGCUGCGACUCAAUACUUUCUAAACACGUUCAGUUAAUUGACACUAACAACCGACAGACACAGAUGUACAUACACCAUGAAUGUGUGCUUUGGAAUGACUUUAAAUCUCUCCUCGACACUAGUGGGGCUGCCUGCUAGGUUGUACCACCUGCUACACUCCAGCACCUUCGACAUGUCUUUUAUAUAUACAAAUAUAUAAAAUGUGUGACAUACAUCUAACUCUGAUUCAGGAUAUGGUGCUGAACGUGGAUGUAUGACUGAGCUUUCAUUUGAUGACAGUUUGUGUGGUUUUAAGGGAUACUCAGCUAUAAGAUGCUCAGAUAUAGAAGCAGUCCUGCCUUAGCGAUGAAAUAUCAAAUAAUGCCGUACGACUUUUUGAAACAGGGAUCCAGUUAAAAUUGGUCACAAACCAGCUUUUGGCAAAGUCUCAUCAGAUUUCAUCAGAUAAAUUGGCUUUUUUUCAAUCUGGGGUGGAUUUUGUAAAUAUGGAAGUUUUUGUUUCUUUUUUUUUUUUUUUCAAACUAGAAAAAUGUUUCUGAAACUUGGCUUGUGGAAAAUAGUAAAUUUAAAAAAAAGAAGAAAAAGAAGAAUUUUCCAAGCUAUUUUGAAUAAACCUUGCAACACUAAACAUAACUCUUGAUCAGCAAUAAGUAAAGUGACCGUUUACGUAGAAACGCAGCUCAUAAGCAUCACUGAUAAAAGUAGUAGUUGCACACAGAUGUCCACAUUUGACAAGUGGACCUGUGCAGGGACAGUGUCUAGAAGAGACACCACUAACGAUGUUAAAUUCAGAGCUUUGUUUUAGUCUUCCUUUUGUAUUUACUUGUUUCAUUUACUUUGUGAACUGCCUUUACUGAUAACAACACAAUUAAGCUACCUUAAUUGUUUGUAGUGCCUCAUCAUGGUAGUUAAUAGAGAUGUAGUACACAGUUGAAAGAUUGCUAUUUCAAGAUUUUUUGUUUUGUACUUUAGACUGCUGAUGUGCCUUGGAACUUUAUUUUUCUGCUAUUAUGACUUAAGAUGCUAAGGUUUAUUUUGUUGUCAUUGUGCUUACGUGUCUUAGAGCUGCCUUAACUUUGGGUUUGACAUCUUCCCGAAACUAAGAGCAGAUUGGUGGCUUUCCUUUUUUUUCUUUUUUGUCAUGCACUUCUCAGGGUUAGUGUUGGAGACAAUCACUGCAGGUAGAAUCCCAUUAGUUUCCCCUGAUGGUACACAGUAUAAUGCUCAGUAAUGUUUAACCAGAUAAGUCCUUUUAAAGACCUUUACCAGCGGUGCAUGCACUGCAUUUCACAAAUGCAGAACUGUUACACUUCUCAUUAUAUCCUCAAAAAGGGAGAGGCUGGAUGCCAAACAUACUGCCAGAGGUUCUGCAUGUUUGUUUAUUUGGACCAUGGACUAACCAGUUACAAAUGAUGAGUUCAUUAUCAAUAACGCUAACCUUGGACUUGUGUAAAUGGUUUUGUUUUUAUUGAAUUGUUCUUAAAUGCUUCAGUUGCUUCUUUAACCCUAUUUAUUUGCGUUCUAAAUCCUCAGAUAACAUCACCAUUACAUUUUCUUGAGGUCCUGUGUUGCGGGGAAACUUUUUGUAAUUUAGUCUUAGUUUUGUUUUUCUGUAAUGAGAUUAUCCAACUACAUUCAAGUCCAGUGUUAAAAAAAAAAUCUAAUUUUACACCCAAAAACUUUAAGAGGUUAGAAGUUUUGUUAAUGAUUUGUAUCCUCAAGGUAUUUUGUGUAUAUCAUUUAAUUACAGCAGUGAUGAUACAGCAAUGUGUCUGUUUCGCCUCAUGUUUUUGCACACAUUUGUUUGAUUUGUUGUCUCAGAUGAUUAUGGUGUCAUUUAAUUUGUUAGUGAAAUGCACAGAACUCCUCCAUCAAAGCCACACAAUCCUCUAAAUAUAGCUGUUAAUUACACAUUUGAAAUCCACAUUGGAAUGUGCAUUAAAAUACAAACAGAAUC